CUGUGAGCGGCAGCAGAGCGCCACAGAGCGUUCGCUCUACCGGAAACCACAGAAGAAGAAGAAGAAGAAGGAAGCACCUCCUAAACAAACCUGCUGCAUGCGGACGAACUGCAGAUCAAAUGUGUAAAGUUGUAGUUUAAAACGGUUCUUUUAAAGCGAAGAUGGACGACGAACACACGGCCGGGUUCAGGGAGCCCUGUGCUCAGUGCUCAGCGGUGGAUUGGGGAGUUUCAGACGAGGGUCGUUUCUACUGCAGAUCCUGCCACAACGUCAUCGAGAGAACCAGAGAGGUGGUGGACCUGACCUUCACUCCCGGCUCUACCAGGAUCUCCACCAUCUCCAGAGGAACCAGAAACAAGAGGCCCGAGCGCGGGCGUCAGUGGAUGAUCUGUGAAGGUUUCCAGUUCAUCCUGAGGAACCAGGCCAACGCUCUGCUCAGACUGGGAGUCUCUCCACACUUUAAGGACGAGGUGUUGUAUCCGCUGUGGAGACUUUACCUGCAGAAGAGUCGACAGGCCUACACCAACAACCCAGUGAGGAGCUCCAAGUUUAAAGUGCGAGGCCUGGACUCGGACUCGGACAGUGCGGCCGAGUCGUCCUUCGUGUCGGUCAGCGAGACGGACGGAGAGACGAACCCGCCCAGCACCGCCGGAUCUAACGCAGAGAGCUCCAGCGAUUGGUCGCAGUGUUCGGGCUCGGUGGACGUCGUCACCUACCUCUCGGCUCGGCUGAGGCGGAGUCGUGGUCUGAUGAGCAUGAAGAAGACUCUGGCUCUGAUCCACCUCGCCCUGGUCUGGAGCCGCGAGCCGCUUACGCUCAGCGACCUGCUCAGGCUGGCGAGCGAAGGCCACGUCCCGUACGUGAACGCCUACGAGGAACUCCCCGAAGAGAUGAGGCUCGACGGCAGAGACGCUCUCAUCUUCAAAGUCGAGACGAUCCCGUCCCACGGGGCGGUGCACAACGAGGCUCAGGCUCUGGUCCUGUACAUGCAGCUGCUGCUUUUUGCCUGCUCAGCCUGCUCCACUCAGCUGCGCCCACUCUACUCUGCUGCUGCCGCGGAUUUAUCCAGUGAAGCUGGUGUCCAGGACGACCCAGAGCACAUGUUCAGCCUGAGGAGGUGGUACAGACUGACGCAGGCUGCUCUGAUCAAAGCUCAGCGGAGGAGGGAGCACGACAUCGGCAGGAAACAGUGGAAGGCAAAGAAACCUCUUUACCCGAGCAGGAAGUUGAAAUGCGUCAUGAUGAAAAAGAAAAGUACGGCAGAGCAGGUCCAGAUGUGUUUUGAGAAGCUGUCCGCUCGUCCGGCGGGCGUCCCGCGCCGCGAUCCGUCCAGCUUCAGGUUCUGUUGGGGGGACGAGGACGGAGCGGACGGUCCCAGUCUGCACCGCAAGAAGCUGGACGGAGUCUUGACCCUGAAACGCAACGUCCUGACUCCGUCCAACUCCACAUACUGGCACCCGGCGCUCAGACCCUGCGACCCCCGGAAGUGCAGGACUCAUUACUCGGAGGUGGAGGCGACAUUGCCCCGGUCCUUCGUCUGGCUGCUGCAGCUCUUCUCCUUCCUGCUGGAGGUGAAGCCGACCUACCUGUACGAGGAGGUGCUGAGGGUGGAGAGACGGGUCUUCAGCAGCACGACGCCCCGGAACGGACACCCGAAAAGGAAGGGGAGGCCCGGGACCAGGACCGGGACCGGGACGCCAAAGAGACGACGAGAAACCAGAGAAGCGAGAUGAAAAACCUUCAAGCAACUUCAGAACAAAGAAACAAAAAUCACCAGCAGCCGUUGUCGUAAAUCCAAGAUCUGAGAUUCUCCUGCCGAGCACUGACACGGAUCAACCUGCUGUCAGAGAAUCGGACCGCAACUCGACGUGGACACUGGGUGAAGUCUUUAGUGAAGGUAACAGUGAAGUGUCCCUGUGUUACUGAUCCUUUAUCUCUUGUUUCGUGUGAAAAAUAAAAUCCCUUUUGAGUAUUUUUA